AACAAAUUACCCACCGUCUGAUUUUCCCACACUGAUUUUUAAAGUUAAAAACUCGACCUAAACCAGCGAGCCCACCGCUACCAUAUUGUUGCCGACGACGACAGCCGCUGCCACUGUGUCUUCUCUUUCUCUCUCUCUCUCUCUCUCUCCAGAAUGAGGAAAUCCAACGAAAUCAUGAAGUCAAACAAAACCAAGUUCCAAGAUAGUGAAGAAGAAGAAGAAGAAGAAGAAGAAGAACAUGAAUCUUCCUCUUCUUCAGAAGAAGAGGAGGAGAUAGAGAGGGAACUAGCGGAUGUGACAUUCGGGGAUUUGCAGAAGGCACGCUCUGAUGGGUCGUAUUCAGUGUACCAGAAGCACAAUGAAGUGAAGAAAAGUGGAAGGGCCAAUAAAAACAGGCCACUGGAAGCUAGUUCUAAGAAGCCCGUUGGUAGAUUUAGAGAGGUUAUCCAAGCUCCAAAAAAGGUGGUCUGUGACCCACGAUUUGAAUCAUUGUGUGGUACACUUGAUGUUGACGGGUUUAGGAAGAGAUAUAGUUUUCUGUACUCAGAGGAGCUUCCUGCUGAAAGAGAGGAAUUACGCAAGCAAUUAAAGAAAACCAAUAACCCAGAAGUCACUAAAGAAAUAAAAGAUCGCUUAUCUUGGAUUGACAAACAGUUGAAGUACAAGUCAGUAAAGCAUACUGAUGCUAAAAUUCUGGCUGAGCACAAGAAAAAUGAGAAGGAAGCAGCAAAGCAAGGAAAACAACCCUUUUAUCUUAAGAAAUCUGAGGUCCGAAAGAAAAGGCUGGUUGAAAAAUAUGAAGAACUUAAGGCAUCUGGCAAACUUGAAGCUUACAUUGAAAAAAGGAGGCGGAAGAAUGCUGCCAAGGACCAUAGAUACAUGCCAUAUCGCAGGCCUGAUAAUGCUGAGCAGCAAAGAUGAUUAGAUUGUUCUUUAAAAAUAGUAUGAAUUUGUGUUUAUCUUCAUAGUUAUGUUGAAGAAGUUUAUGCAUUGAGAUGGGGUUUGAAUAGUGCAUGAGAUGCUUCACUUCUGGAAUCUGCAGCAGUCGCAAUCUUACUGAGCAAGGAACAAUGGGAGGAGAAAACAAGAAACCCAUUUUUGCAACCAUGUUGACCUAUUUUUCCGCUUCAUGAUUACCAUACAAUUGUAAUUUAUUAAAUUUUAGUGAAGGUUUUGAUUGUUUUUAAGUUUA